AUGCCUCUCACUCCGCUCCGCCCCGGUGUUUACGCGCCGACGAUGACCUUCUUUGAUGCCGAGACGGAAGAACUAGAUAUCGCAUCUAUCCGCCGCCAUGCCGUGCGCCUAGCCAAGGCCGGCCUCGUCGGUCUGGUGACUAUGGGCUCCAACGGAGAGGCAGUGCACCUCAGCCGCGAAGAGCGCAUGACUGUCACUCGGGAAACGCGAUCUGCUCUCGAUGAAGCUGGUUUCUCCAAUGUGGCCGUCAUUGCCGGUGCCAGCGAGAACAGCAUCCGCGGAACUAUCGAGCUCUGCAAGGAGGUCGCGGCUUCUGGCGGCGAGUACGCUUUGAUCGUGCCCCCCAGCUAUUACCGUGCCGCCGUCGGCAAUGACGAAACCCUUUACGAGUACUUCACAGCCGUUGCCGAUGGCUCACCCAUCCCUCUGAUUCUGUACAACUACCCCGGCGCUGUCGCUGGCAUCGACAUGGACUCUGACCUUAUCAUCCGCAUCUCCGAACACCCAAACAUUGUGGGCACUAAGUUCACUUGCGCCAACACUGGCAAGCUGACCCGCGUCGCUACUGCCCUCGGAGCUAUCACCCCCUCCUCUCCCUUGGCUCCUGCCCAACGUACCGCAACUGUCUCCAAGCCCAACGCCAAGCACCCAUAUGUCGCCUUCGGCGGUAUUGCCGACUUCGCUCUGCAAACCCUUGUCUCUGGUGGCUCCGCCAUCCUCGCCGGUGGUGCGAAUGUUAUUCCCCGCCUGUGUGUUCGUGUCUUCACUCUUUGGUCCGAGGGCCGUCUCGCGGAGGCCAUCGAGGCCCAGCAGCAGCUCAGUGCUGCCGAUUGGGUUCUCACAAAGGCUUCGAUUCCUGGCACCAAGGGUGCUAUUCAGUCAUACUACGGUUAUGGCGGGUAUCCUCGCCGACCCCUCAGCCGUCUUUCUGCUGCUGAGUACCAGGCCGUUGCUGAUAAGAUCAAGUCUGCGAUGGAUGUGGAGGCAACCUUACCCGAUGUGGCAUAA